UAAGGACUGAUUGACUAAGAACCGUUAAGUACCUGCACAAACGGGCUCUACAUUUUUUAAAUAUAGCAGUAAAUUGAGAUUAUAAUUUUUAUAUGAUUUUUUUUAAGUUGUGACUUUAUAUUAUGGGUAAAAUUUGGCGUACAGUUACCAUUUUCGGAUUACCCAUAAGAUUGUCUAGGCAUAAGCUUCGUAUUCUGUUCGAACGUCAAGGGCUGCAGGGAUGGCAGGUGGAAGAUUUAAUUCCACUAGAGGAAUGUUUAGUGGCCACUAUUGGCUGUGAGACUCGGGAAACGUAUGAAAGCUUCCUAAAUCUAGCCACAUGUGUGCCGUUUCGCAACUAUCCUAACCUACGUAUAUAUAACACACCACCCACAUCUCUUUCCUGUGUGCAACGCGAUCCCAAUUCACCCAGCAUUGCAAGUCUGAACAUCUAUUGCCUGCGUUCCAUCUUUGAGCUAUGCAGCCUGAAGAGCCAAAUCGCCUUAACCAAGGUAUGCGAUUAUUUUUGCAAAGCCAUCGUCUGCAUUUGGCAACGGCGUUAUGCCAAUCUGCACUUCUCAUUUCAACAUUUCAAAUGUACAUAUGGAUUGGAUGACAAAGAACUGUGGGAUUUUUGCAUGCUAAUCGGUCCGUAUGUGCACCGCAUGAAAUUCAAUACUGUGAUUAUCGCCCCUGUCUCACAACAAUGCCCUGUUAAGCGGGAAAACCUAAUGCGGGCUAUCAAAAGCCCCAUUAAUGUUGCACUUUGUCGCCAUUUGGUGCAUUUUGCGCACCUACACGACUUUGAGGUACAGGGCAAAUACCUCGACGAAUAUACGGUGCGUGAAUUGGCGCGAUAUUGUCCGCAACUGCGCAAACUAAGAUUAUUAGAUCCGGGCUCCCGAUGGCUUUUUGGUAAAAACAUUCACCUGCUGCGUAAUUUGAUGUCACUGAGUGUGCAGAAUUGUGAUAGAUUUCGGCGUGAAUCCAUGUUAUAUAUUUGCCGCGAGCUGCCGCUGAAGGAGUUGAAUUUCGUGGGCUGCAAGAAGUUGCAGCAUGCACAUACGAUUCAGAGAAUGUGCUUACAUCUUCAGUCGGUGCAGAGACUGCAUUUGACCGCAAUUUCGGAUAGUGUUAUGUUAACGACGAUUUUGACAUUGCCAACAUUGAAGCGAUUGAAAUUUUAUUGGUUGAAUGAUGACAUAGGAUUUCAAAGAAUGCUAUUUAAAAAGCUCCUGGAAUUGCGGCGAGACACAUUGUGUUGCUUACGCUUUUCAAAUGAGCCGAUUCUCCUGGAAUAUGCAUCGCAGACGAAUUGGCCGAAGGAACGAUACGCCUCAUUGCGUGAGUUUGUUACCGUAAAUGCACUACCGUGGAAAUGGAAAGAAUGUUUCGCUGAAUGGUUACAAUUGUUGUGCGGUAGCACGAGCUUAAAGGCAAUUACCUGCGAGUAUUGUCGCGUUUUUUCAUCCAAACAAAUAUUGCAAACGCCAAAUUUCUGUAAACGAUUGAAGGUGAUUCGACUUAUUGGCUGUCGCGAAUUGGCUGACGAGCGAUUGCUGCAGUCUUGGAGCAGGAAAAGACGUUUUGGUUGCCAGUUACUUAUUGAAGGUGACUUACCAUGGACGAUUGUACAGCGCAUGAGAAACGAAAUAACGCUGCGUCACAAAAAGUUUGAACCGCAACCGAUUACGCGUUGCAUUGAGUGCCAUUUCAAGUAACACUCGUAUUGGGAAACUAAGUUAAGGGCCAAGGAAAAAAUCGCGAUUAUUAUCUAUACCUUAUAGUUGCAUGUAUUUUUUUUUAAUUAUAUAUUUUGAAAUUUUCCUUGUUAAAGUUAAUAAAAUUAUUUCUAAUAAAACAAAAAAAAAAAA